AUGACAAAGAGUGAACGGCUUGAAUUCUCCGGCAAUGUCGCCGAGUCGUUACUCGAAGAUGCAUGGCUCGACGCAGUACUUGGCCGAAUGCUGCAUAUCAGCGAUGUGACAGAGGAAAAGCUGACACUUCUGAAUGUUGUGAACAGAAUCGAGCUCGACCGUGUCAGGGGCGAGAAUCUGCAGAAGAGGACUGCUGACUUGCUCGAGCAGGCUGCCCUCUCAAUUACGACCGUUAUUGAAAGGGAUACGAUCGCUCUUGUUGCUCCGAAGUGCACGUAUUUUUGUUCAGGAAUAAAACGCGAACUACUUGAUCGUGUUUCAAAGAACCGAGGAAUUCCUGUACAAAUGGCUGCUCGAAAGACGAUCCCAUGGCAUUCUGAUAAGCCGCCACCGAAAUGCAUCUGA